AUGCCAACUUCAUGUAAUACGCAUGAUUAUGAUGGUAAAUUACGUCAAAAAUGGUUUGAAAUGCGUUCAAUGUUAAUUACAAAGUAUCUUCCGAAUUGUCUUUCAUUUGAUAAUACAAUUAAAGAUAUCGAACAAUGGCUAGACAAAAAAUAUUUUAAUGUUAAACGAAUUGGUCGUGCACGUCGUUCUUUAAAAAUUCUUAUGUCAAGUCGACAUAGUAAUUUUGACUCACGUAAUGAAAUUAAUGUUGAAGAACUUUUACCGAUUCUUUGGGAUAAAGUUAAAAAUCAAGAAGAUAUACAUGAUACUUUCUAUGAACAAUUAUGUGAUAUUACUGGUGGAAGUUGUUCUCAAGGACGCUCAACUAGACUUUUUCAAUUUUUAUUUCUUUUCGAUUUACCAUCAGAACCGCCAAGCACAACAUCGAAGACCGAAGAAGAAAAAAUAGAAUUAUCAAAUGAACAACAACCAAUAGAAAAAGAUUUUUCAGCAGCGACGUCAAGCACAACAACGAAAGUCAAAGAAGAAAAAACAGAGAUAUCGAGUGAUCAAGAACCAAUAGAAAAAGAUCCAUCAUCACAAGUAUCAAGUACAACACUGAAGUUUGAAGAAGAAAAAAUGGAAAUUUCGACUGAACAAAAAUCAAUAAAAAAAGAUUUAUCGUCAGAAACAACACUUGAAGAGAACUCAGUUUCAAUAUCAGAAGAAAAACAAGAAUUACAAGAAAAAUCUAAAUCUCAUGAAGAACAAUCACCUAGAAAAGAAGAACGACUACAUAAAGAUGAACAGUUACAUACAGAAGAUGAAACAAAAGGAGAACAACAAUUAGAAGAAGAGCUACAGCCACAACGAGAUAAAAAAUCUGAUUAUACAGAACAAAUCAAUUCGUCUUCUGACCAAAGAGAAUAA